GGGGCGAUCUUGCCCUAGACGUGGAUUUGGAGUUUAAGGGAGCAGCCACCAUGACAAUAGAGACCAGCAUUGACAUGCGAGAAACGCAGUUCCUCAAAAUGUGGGAGGAACGGGACCUUUCCCGGGCAGAAAAAGAGUCUGAGAGGAGGGCGGAGUAUUCUGGGCAGGUGGAAAACACUCCGUUGGCUGCAGGCUCGGAACCGGCUUCUUCUGACGGGUCGGCGGGAGGUUCGGCAGGUGCAGGAGGAGGCUCGGAUGGAGCAGGUUCGGUCGGACCUGGAGCCGGACCUGAGCGGCUGGGCCGGCGAGGGUCGGGCUUGGGGGAGGCUCUGAUGAGUGACGAGACUGCUGCUGCUCUGGUGGGGGAUAUGGAGGUGGCUGAAGAUGUGACUAUAGAGGGCGCUGCUACAGCCCCAGCUACCCCUGCCAAGAGCACCACGCCAACCAAGGCAGGCAGGAAGAGGAAUAUCAUUCGAGGAGUGCGGGGCAUGGUCAGCAACAUGGCCAACAGCCUCUCCCAGGUCCCCCUCACUCUCUCCUUCAAUAUCACAUCUGUUAAAGGAACACUGCGCAUCCGGGUACCCGCCCCUCCUUCCGACUGUCUCUGGAUGUCGUUCGUUGAGAUGCCCGAGAUCGAGAUGCAAUCCAUGCCGUCCAUUGGCGAUCUCAAGCUCAAGCGCUACCCCAUGGCCAUGCUCCUGAUCGAAAAGCUCAAGGCACUGAUCAAGCGCUCUCUGGUGCAGCCCAGCUGUGUGGAUGCCAAGCUCCGCUUCAUGCUCUCAGACCCGCACGACUGGUUACCGCGUCAACCCUGCAUGUUACCCUGGCGCCCCCCUGUCGACGCUGCUGUCAACCCCCCUCCCUCCACCCUCCCCACUUCCUCCUCGUUCUUCACUCCCUCGUCGUCCCAAACCUCUCUCUCCGGGCUGGCCCAGGCCUCCGCCGGCUCGGACAGCCGAGGCUCGGAUGCCCGAGGCUAUACGGUGAAAGGCUCGGGAGGAGGUUUGGACAGGGAAGGGAGGGAUGGGGAAGGCUCGGGCGAGUUUGGUAAAGCCAGAGAAGGCUACACUGCUGCCACUACCACUGCCUCUGCAGCCUUCCUGUCCUCUUCAGGCGAGUUCGGUAAAGCCAGUGCAGCCAGUGAAGGUUCGGAGGCAGGCUCGGCAGAGGUACCUGUUCAUCAACCUGCCUCGUCACCACCGGUGCUCCGUCUCCCAUCAUCCAGCUCUUCACCCAACAUUGCUGAGGCACAGCCACAGCUCCAACCAGCACCUGUCUCGUCCUCGUUAUUGUCCGAUCCGCUAUUUUUCGACAAGCAGCAGGGAAGCAACGAAAGCGCAGGUUCCCGCGCGGCUGCCAUUGCUGGUAUGAGUGGCGGUGGUGGCAGCACAGGUGGUGGGGGUGGUGUGGUGGGGCUGGGUGGGGGCUUGGGGGUGGGCUUGGGGGUGGGGCGAAUGAGAGCGAGCAUGGCUGGAGAGCUCUUUGAAGGGCUGAGACUAUCCAAAGCAUCAAGGAUGGCUGCACGGGAGAGAAGGAGGGCUGGAAGGGACCGCGGAGGAGGAGGACGGGGAGGAGGGGUUGGUGGUAGUGGGGAUGUGGAUGGGGAGGUAGGUUCAGCGGACGAGGGUUCGUCGCAGCAGCAGCCAGUACGAGGGUUUGAGGCGUUUAAGCAGAGUCUGGGGGUGCGUGGGAGCGAAUGGUUGGAUAGGGGGAGGGAGAAGGAUAAGGAUCGGGAGAGGUGGGCCAUGGCAGCGAUUGCGAGGGUGGCUGCAAUGAGGAAGAAAGCAAGGGGGAGCGCGAGGGGGAGCUGGGAUGGGUCGGAGUUUGGGGGUAUGGGGGAUGGGGAAGAUGCAGGGCUGGAUGGUUUGGACGGUUUGGAUGGGUUGGAUGCAGUGGACGGGCUUGAUCGUGAUGCCUCUGCUGCUGCUGCUGGUGGUUCUGGGGUACCAGGGUCGAUGAGGGAAGAUGCUAGCUUUGGGCUGUUCUCUGGGAGAUCUGCUCUGAUGAUGGUGGGAGGGGGAUUGGGAGGAGGAGCGGGAGGAGGGGUGGGGGGAUUCAGGGGUGUUGCUGGGGGGGCGGCGGGUGGAGGACUGGUUGGGGGACUGAGGAGAAUGGGAAGGAGCAAGAGUGGGAAGGGCAGGGAAGAGGAGGGCACAGGAACAAGCCAGGGAGUGGGUUCGAGGGAGGAACAGGAGGGGGUGGGGACGGAGGGGGAGGAAGGGGAGGAAGUGUCGGAAGGCUGGGCUGAUGCGAGAAGCUUCACGGUGCCGAUAGUGAGAGCGAAGAGCUGGGAAGUGGGGAAUCCGGAGGUGAUGCGGACCCAGCUGUCAUCUCGCAGUGUUCGAGGCGAGGCAGGGUUGGCAGUGUUGGAUGGGGAUGGUGUGGGAUCGACGGCUAGAAAUGAUUCGGAACGAACGGUUUCUUCUGGUACAAUCAUAACAGCUGAGCACACAGCAUCACCAGGUGUUACAGCCAGCACUGCAGGAAAUGCUACUUCUGGGGGUGUCAUCUCAGUAGUAGCGACCAGUGGGGUUAGACGAGGGAGUGGGGGAGCAGCAGAUGCGGCGGCGGCAGCUUUAGUGGUUCGGCAGCAAGAAGGCCCCGGGUCUGGUGGCGAGGGUGGGGAGAGUGGGGAGGAGAGAGAGGGCAAGUGGGGGGAUAGGAUGGCUAGGGCAAAGGAGUUUGUGGGGAGGAUAGGGAAUAGGGAGGCGAGGGAGAGGCUUGAGGAUAAGGCUAAGAAGGUGUUGGGAUUCUUGCACCGAGGGGAGAAAGCGGAACAGUGA